UGAACAUAACGUCUAACUUCCAUUCAAAACGCAUUCAACAACUAGCCAACUAUCAACAAGUCAUCUUCCCUUCCAUACAAAGAUUAAGUUUGAACCCUUCCAUUUAUGCCUCCAAUUAUUUUUCAGCAUUUUAGAGUGUUUGAAUACUUAUAACCACUCUUGGGAAGGUGAUAGGAGAGUCACAAGGAUGGCAGAUGCGACCAAGAUGCACGAGCUAUCAAAUGAACUGUGUCAAAUUUUUUUCCAUUUCUACAGAAAUUCAAAGCAGAGAGGCUAUAAAGAACAUUUGCAAAUACCAUAAUCUUUUGUUAGGUCAAAGAAACAGAGAGUUAGACAAGCAAGGAUCGGAUGAAUACAUUUUUGCACAAGUAGUUGAUAAUUGAAGAAGAAAAAGAAGAAGAAGAUGAAGAAGAUAAAGAAAAUGGGAUUUGCAAACAACGUAGGGAAAUUUCAUCUUGGCAGAACAAUUGGAGUAGGAACUUUUGCAAAGGUUAAACUCGCUGUAGACAGCACCAAUGGCAGUUAUGUUGCAAUCAAGAUCAUUGAUAAGCAAAUGGUUGUGCAAAGCAAUCUCAAGUACCAGGUACAAAGGGAAAUAAGAACCAUGAAGGUCUUGAAUCACCCCAAUGUUGUUCGUAUACAUGAGGUCAUUGGCACAAAGACAAAAAUUUAUAUAGUAAUGGAAUAUGUGUCAGGAGGACAACUAUCCGACAAGUUGUCCUAUUCCCAAAAACUAAACGAAUCAGAGGCAAGAAAAAUGUUUCAGCAAUUGAUUGAUGCUGUGGACUAUUGCCACAACAGAGGAGUAUAUCACAGAGAUCUAAAGCCAGAAAACUUGCUUUUGGACAAUAAGGGAAAUCUGAAAGUAUCUGACUUUGGUCUAAGUGCGUUGCGUAAGCAUGGUGACAUUCUAACUACAGCCUGUGGCUCUCCGUGCUACGUAGCCCCUGAGCUUAUUGCCAAUAAGGGUUAUGAUGGAGCAGCAGCAGAUGUUUGGUCCUGUGGAGUAAUACUUUUUGAACUACUUUCUGGUUGCCUACCUUUUGAUGAUCGCAAUCUUGUGGUGCUAUAUAAAAAGAUAUCUCGAGCAGAAUACACAUUUCCACAAUGGUUUACUGAAAGUCAGAAGAAGCUAAUAUCAAGGAUAUUUGAUCCAAAUCCUAGAAGGAGAAUAACAAUACCAGAGAUCAUUGAAGAUGCAUGGUUUCAGACAGAUUAUGUGCCCUCCUGUGGAUGUGAAUGUGGUGAGAAAAUCUACUUGGACGAUGUUAAUGCUGCGUUCGAUGCAAUUGAGGAUGAUGCAGCAGAGACAAAAAUGCCCAAUUCCUCAAGUUUCAUAAAUGCAUUCCAAUUGAUAGCCAUGUCACAUGACCUUGAUUUAUCAGGUCUCUUUGAAGAACAGGAAGAUAAGAAGCAGACAACAAGGCUUGGAUCCAAGCAUACACUAAAUGAAACCAUAAAGAAAAUAGAAGCUGCUUCAAUGGAUUUAAGCCUAACAGUUGAAAGGAUAAACAACUUCAAGCUGAAAAUGCAUCCAAAAAAAAAGAUGACUAGAUGUACCAGAUCAUACUAUGACCUAUCAGCAGAGGUAAUUGAGGUUGCUCCCACCAAUUGUGUUGUAGAAAUAACAAAAUCAGCAGGAGAGCUAAGAUUGUAUACUGAGUUCUGCAGAAGCUUAUCAAGUUUACUGAAAGAGAAAUCAAGUGCAUCAUUCCACAUGCUAGAGUCAGAAGCAGCAAGCAUUAUAAGCAACAACGUUCAAGAAACAGGAAGUUCUGAAAAGCAAAAUGACAUAGAGAAAAAUGACCUUCGAGGCUAUUCAUCGAAUUGAUUCUUACGUUCCCUUUUCAUUCUUCAUAGCAAGUCCCUGGAGGGCGCUAAGAGGAGAAUAAGCAAACUGUAUAAUAAGCAUGCGAGUACAGAAAGUGGAGAGUUUUGCAGAUAUAUAUAUAUAUAUAUAUAUAUAUAUAUAUAUAUACUCUCUCUCUCUCUCUGAAAAGGUAAACAAUUGAUGUAAAGCAGUUUUGCUUACUUCAAAUCCAACAACGCAAGUGUUCUUUCACAUUUUUCUGUCUUUGCCUUCUUUCAAUUAGACAAUGUACUAUCUCAGUCAAAGAUGUAUAUUAUAUGCCAGAAUUCUUCAUCA